CUCUACCUCCUUCCGCUCGCCGUCCGCCAGCUGCCGUGGCGGGUCGCCUUCCAGAUUCACACCACGCCCCGCCACCGGUCAACUUCCUUUUCAUCUUCCUCGCCCAGCUCGGCAGCUCGCACCCCGCUGGCACCGACCGGAGGACGCGAAUGGACGCCGCCGAGGUUCCUCUCGUUUACCACAUCGGCCUCGUGCUGGCCGCGCUCUGGGCCGCCGGCGCCCUCGGCAUCCGCCACUCCCUCCUCUUCCUCCUGGCCUUCCUCUACCUCUACAUGGUAAAUGCUCGGUGUGCGAUGAGACUGCGAAAGAGGAUACAACAUGAGGAGAUGAAAUCUGCCUACCAACGAAGACUCCUUUCUGAUGCAGAGUCAGUACGGUGGUUAAACCAUGCAAUCGACAAGAUGUGGCCUAUCUGUAUGGAGAAGAUCGUUUCACAACUUCUACGGCCCAUCAUACCGUGGUUCUUGGAUAAGUUCAAACCUUGGACAGUUAGCAAAGCAAGUGUUCAGGAGCUUUACAUGGGUAGGAAUCCACCAAUGUUUACCUCCGUGAGAGUUUUACCUGAGACAUCAGAUGAUGACCAUUUGGUUCUUGAGCUGGGAAUGAAUUUCCUUUCCGCUGAAGAUACGAGUGUUGUACUUGCUAUGCAGCUGCAUAAGAGUGUGGGACUUGGAAUGACUGCAAACAUGCAUUUAACUAGCAUGCAUGUCGAGGGAAAGAUUUUAGUUGGUGUGAAGUUUGUUCGGAGCUGGCCAUUUCUUGGCCGCGUAAGACUUUGCUUUGUGGAGCCACCUUAUUUUCAGAUGACUGUGAAACCACUCAUUAAUCAUGGACUUGAUGUCACUGAGUUUCCAGGAAUUUCAGGAUGGCUGGAUAAGUUGAUGGAUACUGCAUUUGGGCAGACAUUAGUUGAGCCCAAUAUGAUUGUCAUCAAUGUUGAAAAGUUUGCAUCUACUCCUUCAGAAAAUAACUGGUUCAGCAUUGAGGAGAGGCCUCCUAUUGCAUAUGUGAAGCUUGAGAUUCUAGAAGGAACCGACAUGAAGCCAUCUGAUAUAAAUGGACUAGCGGACCCUUAUGUGAAAGGUCGUCUUGGUCCUUUCAAAUUCCAAACACAGAUACAGAGGAAAACACUAUCCCCUAAGUGGUUUGAAGAAUUCAAAAUACCAAUCACAUCAUGGGAGGCAUCAAAUGAACUUUUCAUGGAAGUUCGUGAUAAGGACCCCAUGUUUGAUGACUUGCUUGGAGAAUGUACCAUUGAUUUACAUGAGCUGAGAGGUGGACAAAGACAUGACAAGUGGAUAUCAUUGAAUAAUGUCAAGAAAGGAAGGAUUCACUUGGCGGUAACAGUUGAAGAUGUAUCUGAGGACAAAAAUGUAUCAUGUUUGGACGAAUCAUUGAGGAUAGCUGAUGCUGAACUACCAGUAUCAACCUCAGUCGACAGCGCAUUGGAUGCUGGUGAACUGCCUGAAGAAAAGAAAGUCUUAAUGGAUGAAGUGGAGCACAUAAACAUUGAUGGACAAGAACAACCCGGAGGUAUAUAUGUCCAUCGCCCUGGCACUGGGGUUCCAAAGACAUGGGAAUCCCGGAAAGGGCGAGCACGUAGCCCAGACACGCAGAUUUACCAAGAGGUUGACAAGUCGAAGGAAAUCCCCGCACCAAAAGGUAGUGGGCAAGGGGGUCUGUUUAACCUAGGCUCCUUUUUCCGGAAGAACUCAAAGAAGGGGAGUCUAAAUCCCAGCCUUCCUACUACUCCGGGUUCUCAGAGUGUGACAGAGCUUGAUCCAAAGCUCCCCAAAACACCACGUCCCAACCUAAAGGAGCUUGGUGAGAAGCGGACAUCAAUAAAGCUCGUAGUGAACGAAGAAGCAAGCCCACCAAGCAAGGUGGGAGAUGCAGAUAACUCAACAGAAGAUGUAGCAAAAGUUAUCGAAAAAAAUGCAGGCGAACCAGGCAGAUCACUAACGAGCACAUUAAGCAGGGGUGUUUCCAGGAAGAGAGCGGAGGAUAAGCUAUCAGAAAUCCCGGAGCAGAUUGAAGCCCAUGGAUCUGAGUCGGUGACUGAAGAACAUACGCCCAUUGAAGGUCAACCAAUAGAAAUACAGGGCCAUCAGACAACGGAACAUGGCAAGGGUGAUGGCGCUGAAGAAGAUGCGUUGGGAGCAAAGGUUGCUACUCAGGCCUUAUAAAGAUUGCAAUUUUGCAAGAUCAUCAGUUUUGUUGUGAUCUUGCUGGUGAUUUGGUUCACAUGCGGCCUUCUUUGUUGUUCAUAGACCCAAGGAAUGUCAAUCUUAGAAAGCCUUGUUUUGUUGUUCAUAUUUGUGAAGAAAAAAUGGCUGUAAAAUAUUACUCCGCACUAACAAAUAGCAGCGUGCUGUGCAGUGAGAGACGCUCGAGUUGUAAGUUAGUAGCUCUGUUUGAGAAACUUCUGUACAUUUCUGGCAUUUUAUUGUAAAUCAUAACUUUUUAUGUUCUUCUCCAUCAUGUAAUCUCUUUGCCAAUAACUUCAAAAAAAUAUACAUAUUUUUGGAUA